CGCAGCUCAACAGCUCAAAAGCUCUUCAGCUCAACAGUUCAACAGCUCAUCAGCUCAAUAGCUCAUCAGCUCUAGCUCCGUAAUGAGCUGAUGAGCUGCGUUUUUUUUAUUGCGAGCCGAUCCGAAUCCGCUCACUAUGAUGAAGCGAUUCGAAUGAACAGCUCAUGAGCGGAUGGCACAUCUCUAGUCUCAGGAUAUGGCCCGAUCUUUCUCAAUUUAAUUUCAACAAAAAUAUAAACAGCAUGAACGACUUCACAUUGAAAACAAUCGAUCCUAGUUUGGUGCCGUCAAAUUAUAUAUCCGUGGCCAAAGAUGCACGAAUCUACCGUGAUAAACACAUAAAAGUUUUGUUAGAAAAAAAAAGGCUUCCUGACACAGGAUGGGAUAAUUCUUCGAUCGAAUACUUUAUAAAUGAACUAUCCCUUAUGGAUAGUAAUAACUUUUCCAAACGCAGUGGAAUGGGGGAAAGAGAAGCUAGAAUUGUAUGCGAAUUAGUACGCAAACGACAUUACAAUUUCGCCCAUGGAAUAGGAAGAUCUGGAAAUCUAACCGAAGCCCAACCAAAAGCUGCUGGUUCCACAAUAAUGAAUAAUUUGACAAACAGUCUUCUGUUGGAUUUGAUUAGAGAAAUUGGUGUGCGUAGCUGCAGGAAAGCAUUGUUAGUGCCAAUGGCCACGGGUAUGUCCGUAAUGCUAACACUACUUGUAUUGAAAGCGAAGCGUCCAAAUGCAAAGUUCGUCCUCUGGUCUCGAAUUGAUCAGAAGUCAUGCUUCAAAAGCAUUCUAUCAUCUGGACUGCUUCCGAUCGUGAUUGAUACAAUUCCGACCGAAGAAUGUAAUGGCGCGUAUCGAACAAAUAUAGCAGCAUUUCAGGAGAAAAUUGAAGAAUUCGGAUCGGACAACAUCUGCUGCAUUCUCUCGACGACCAGUUGUUUCGCGCCGAGGAUGUGCGAUGAUAUUAUAGCUUUGUCCGGAAUAUGCCGAGACAAGGCGAUUCCUCACUUAGUCAACAAUGCGUAUGGACUUCAGAGCACAUAUCUCACGCAUCAGUUAGAACAGGCCGCGCGGGUCGGUAGAGUGGAUGCAUUCAUCCAGAGUACGGAUAAAAAUUUACUAGUUCCGGUGGGAGGUGCGAUUAUAGCUGGGUUUGAUUCGAAAAUGAUCGAUCAGAUAUCGGAAUUUUAUCCUGGCAGAGCUUCCAGUUCACAAACCUUGGAUGUUCUAAUGACAUUGCUAUCGAUAGGGAGAGAUGGCUACAAGAACCUGAUGAGCGAACGAAGGGGUCAUCAUCAAUAUCUUCUACAGCAGAUGAAGAAUGUGGCUGACAUUUUUGACGAAACUGUGAUAGCUGGGAAAAAUCCUAUUUCAAUUGCAAUGACGUUGAAGAAUUUCUCUGCGAAUCCUGUACUGGUUGGAUCUAUGUUACAGCGAAGGGGUAUAUCCGGUUGUCGAGUUAUAAGCGGGAAAGAAGUAAAAACAAUUGGACCAUGCACGUUUAACGCAUGGGGUGCCCAUUCAGAUCUUGCCAUCUGUUGUCCGUAUCUAACGGCUAGUGCCGCACUUGGAAUUGAUCGAAAAGAGAUCGAUGUUUUUAUUGCGAAAUUGAAAGAAGUUCUCAAGGUGCACCAAAAAGAUACACAAGUUAUUGUAUAGAGAAAAAAAACUAUUGUACAUUUAGCAUUGUCGUAGAUUUGUUAUCAUCGAACAUGUCGAACAUGUUUUGAACAGUCAUGGUUAUUUGUCAAUUAUGAAAAUAAAUAAAUUGUGUUGUUCAAUACAGAGCGGCACAUACAACUUGAAGCCAACGUAA